CACUAGUGACUUUCUUUCUGUGCAGCUGAUUGCGGUUCUGGACAUUUAUUGAAGAAAAACAAUUUAAAGCCCACGGGUGCCCUCCAUCAGGCAUGCAACCGACAACUUUGGUGUAUUUUGUGAAGGUGAAGACUCUGGCAAGUGGACCAGAGAGUUGAGAGAAAGCAAGGCGAUGUGGUCUCUCCCUCUCUGAUGCCAGAAUGAGAACCUACACCCGUGGGGCACCAACAGUGUUCUUCAUAAGUGCACUGUGGGUGCUGGUAUCCCCAGCUCUGAGUGAGGUGGACCCGAGCGGAGGCAUCGCAUUCCUUGGAGGGAACUACGAGGGAACUCACCCCAUGCUCUACUUCGGCCAGGCAGAGGUUGAGGAGCUACAGCGUGCAGCCGUGAAGACACACAAGGCUCUGGCCCAACAGAUCCGGGAGGCCGGGGAGGCCAUGCUGGAGCGACCGGAUGAGUAUCUACCCCCCUGGAAUCCUGCCGAGUUCAGCGCCCGCUGGAACGAAGUCUAUGGGAACAAUUUAGGCCUGCUUUCUAUGUUCUGUCUGCUGUAUCCACACCGUGCCGGUGCGCUGGACAUGGCCAAGGAAUACAUGGAGCGGAUGGCUGCACAGCCCAACUGGUUGGUGAAAGAUGCUCCAUGGGAUGAAGUUCCAAUGGCUCACUCUCUGGUUGGCUUUACCACAGCAUAUGACUUCCUGUAUGAGUACCUUAGCAAAGUUCAGCAGGAACGUUUCCUGCAGGUGAUUGGGAAUGCUUCACGCUACAUGUACGAAAAAUCUUACCACCGUGGCUGGGGAUUUCAAUACCUCCACAACCACCAACCAACCAACUGCGUUGCGCUUUUGACAGGCAGUCUUGUGCUCAUGAACCAAGGAUACCUCCAGGAAGCUUACCUCUGGACAAAACAGGCUCUUGCCAUCAUGGAAAAGUCCAUGGUACUUCUCCAAGAUGUGACUGAUGGUUCUCUUUAUGAGGGUGUGGCCUACGGAACUUACACCACUCGUUCACUCUUUCAAUACAUUUAUUUGGUGCAGAGGCACUUUGCUAUUGGUCACUUCAAUCAUCCAUGGCUACACAAACACUUUGCUUUUCUCUACAGGACACUGUUACCUGGUUUUCAGAGGACAGUUGCAAUUGCAGAUUCCAACUAUAACUGGUUCUAUGGGCCGGAGAGUCAGCUGGUGUUUUUGGAUCGGUACGUCAUGAGAAACGGCAGUGGGAAUUGGCUGGCUAAUGUAAUCAGGCAGAACCGUGUUCUGGAGGGCCCAGGAACGGCAGGGAAGGGUCAGCGCUGGUGCACACUGCACACAGAGUUCCUCUGGUAUGACGCCAGUCUGCAGCCCACCCCACCUCCUGAUUAUGGUACAUCCCGCCUGCAUUAUUUCAAAGACUGGGGAGUGGUGACAUAUGGAAGUGCCCUACCUGCUGGUAGUAACCACACAUUUCUGUCCUUUAAGUCAGGGAAGCUUGGCGGACGUGCAAUUUUCGACAUUGUUCACCAAAACAAAUACAAAGACUGGAUCAAAGGGUGGAGGAACUUUAAUGCCGGUCAUGAGCACCCCGACCAGAACUCUUUUACCUUCGCCCCAAAUGGGGUUCCAUUCAUCACAGAAGCAUUGUACGGGCCCAAAUAUACCUCCCUCAAUAAUGCCGUCAUGUUCGGGCCUGCUGUAUCUGAGAGCUGCUUCGCACCAUGGGAAGGCCAAGUUACGGAGGCGUGUAACUCUAAAUGGCUAAAAUAUAAGCACGGGCAAGCAGCAGAUUGCCAUGGUCAGGUAGAGGCAGCUAUAGAGCGGCAGGGCAUGGUGUUCAUUCGUGGCGAGGGUCAGGCAGCUUACAACCCUGAGCUGAAGAUCAAGAAUUUUCAGAGGAACCUGCUGCUGCUUCAUCCUCAGCUGCUGCUGAUGGUCGACCACAUUCAGCUACAUCCAGACAGCUCAACACGCAGCGUGAGCAGCUUCUUCCACAACACAGACCUGUCCUUCCAGAACACCCAGAUUGAUGGGAUACAUGGUGCUCUGAUCAGACACGGAGAUGAAUCAUACAAGAUGUUCUGGCUGGAUGAAACGGGUGGCAGUGAAAGGGCAAUAAUAGGCUAUAGGAGCUACCCCCGUGGAUACCCCUAUAAUGGGUCAAACUAUGUAAAUGUGACUAUGCCACUGAGGUACCCUAGCAGCAGAGUGGCUUACAUCUUCUUUGGUCCAGGAGUGGAUGUGCAAAAUUUCAGCAUGCAUGGUGACUCCGAAAGAAUAGACAUAUAUCUGGUCACCAGAGAACACACUUACACCAUCUAUCUCCUCACAGGUGAGGCCCCCACCAAACCUCUGUAUGCUAUGGUAUUGGUGGAUCAAAAGAAAGUGGUGUUUGAAAGAGCAUCAGGUAUAGAGGAGCAGCCCCUGGAAGAAGUAGAAGAAUAUGUUAAUGUUGUGGAGGACAAUCUUCAGCAUGUCAAACCAGUCUUCCAGCAGCUAGAAAGACACAUCCUGUCACGAGUUCUUAACACAGACAGCUUCCACAAAACUGCUGAGCGCCUCCUGAAGUCUUCAGACAAGAGGAAGGCACCAGGGACUGUUAAGAAGAUGUUUGCCCUCUCUAAGAAGCAGGGAAAGGGGAAGGGAUACAAGAAGGCAAGCUUCUCUGAAAGCCUACCAGACAUCUUUGCCCAGAUUGAGGCGAGUGAGAAGAAGGAGAGACAGCAGACAAUGAAACGUGCCUACGAGGAGUUUCCAGAGGAGGCAGAUGGUGACUCAAGAGCAUUCAUUGAAUACAGUGAUGUACGAAAGGGCAGAAAAGUGGGAUUUGUGAAGGGGCGGAAAUUCAAAGAAGUGCGCCUGGGAGCUACGAGAGGGAGUGAUGAUGAGUUCGGCUCCACCACGUACAUCCGCCUGUUCCUCGUUUUAAAUAUAGCCACUUUCUUUCUUUUGCUGGCAGUGCUGUUGACGCGCUUCCAGAGGGCUCAGAGUUUGCACACACAGCGUUGCCUCUAUGGUGUCCUCCUCAUAGACAGCUUCAUUCUGCUCUGUCUGUAUUCCUCCUGCUCGCAGACACAGUGCUGACAUCAUCACUGUGCAUAGAGAAUUUUUUAAGAAUCUUAACACAGCUCUCUUCCAUACACUUAAUGUCUCUCAUCAUAAAAGUAGUCACACCAGUGGUUCCCAACCUUGAUCCGGGAGUACCCCCAACACUGCAUGUUUUGGAUGUCUCCCUUAUCAAAUAUACCUGAUUCAACUCAUCAGCUCAUUAGUUGAGGCUCCAUGAGCAGAAUUGGAUGUGUCAAAUAAGGGAGACAUCCAAAAUGUGCAGUGUUGGGGGUACUCCAGGACCAGGGUUGGGAACCACUGGUCUACACUAUAGUUUUCUGAAGCCACACCAUACCUCUCAAAAUAAAUAUGUUUCCUGUAGUACAGCUUAGACAUGAUUGACAUCAAACAUCAUACAGGACAACUUGUGCAAUAGACAUUUUAACGGACAAUGUCCAGUAUUUUAGUGCCAAAAUAUGUCCGGAUUGAAGGCCUUGUGUCUUAUUACAAUGGCAAAAUAUUCAUGCAUCCCAUGUUCACAUGACGAAAAGUUGGCAACCCAAAAUGCAGCAUCAAGUUCUGGUGUUAUGGACUGCUUUUUUUUUUUUUUUUUUUUUGAGCACCGAUGUGGUCACGAACUGUCAUAAGAGCUGCUUAACAACUUACAAUGAUAGAGUAAUUUUAACGACAAAAAUAACAUUUUCGGGUGAACUAUCACUUUAAUGUCAGCCAUUUUUCCUGCUCACAGGCACAGUGCUUACAUCAUCACUCUGAGACAGAUGAAUGGAAGAAUACGCCUUCUCCACCAUGCAGCAUUGCUGCAGUUUUUACAGUACACCUCAAACUGAGCCAGUGUUAGCAUACAGGUGUCUGAGAAAAGUUGAUUCCAACUAGGAAUUCAUAUUUUUUGUUGUUGAUGUUGUUGUUGUUUUUCAAAAUUAGCCAACCCACCUCAAAUCAAAAGCUUCUGUGGAGCUUUGUAAUAAAAUUUACAUGAAAUUUGUCUUGUGGGACUCUCCAUGGCUAGCCACUUUUAUCCAGAUACGCUGCAAGCUAAGCACAUUUGCUAACAACAUGGACUUAAAAAAUAUGUGUAAAUUGUAUAUAUGUUAAAGCAAAGUAUAUUUUUGGGUGUUGUUUUAUACUCUUGCUAAUUAAAAGGCAACUACAGGAAUGUGUUGUGUAUUUUGGUUCCUGUUGGAUUGUUUAGCAUAUUUCUGUCAUGAAAAUGUGUCAUUUCAAUUGUACGGUAAUACAAAACUUCUCCAGCCCCAAAAAAAGAAACAGACCUUACUACAAUGUAACAGGGUUUCCGUUGUCAUGGAAAACCUGGACAUUUCUGGGCCAUUUAUAAUUGUGAUUUCCAAGCCAGGAAAAGUCAUGGAAAUGCUCAAAUUCAUGGAUAAGUCAUGUUUAGUAAGUAAUAUCUUUAAAAAUUAAUAUCCAGUAAUCACGAUCGACUGGAGAAGUACUUGACAUUUAUUGGUCAAAAGGUGUGUGAACCCUGGUGUCA